AUGGACAUGAUCAUUGAUGAAGAAAUGGUUGCGGCACCGAACUCUGCCGCUGCCCAAAACGCCACUGAUGAAAUGUGCGUCGUCGAAUCAUGGGAUCGAGAUUUUGUGCCUUCAUUUGUUUCUUCACCGCUGGCCAGCCACCAGGGUUCUAGCGUGCCUCGUCCGUUUUACGAGAAGUUCGACCAGUUCCCCGUCAGUCAGCGCCGCAGUGAGGAACAGCGCCAGCGCCGGGCGACCGCUUCGUCGGCAGUCUCUGAAUCGUCUUCGGUCAUCGUCGGCUCUUACCCCCGCGGCUUCCUUCCGAACAAAGUAGCCGUCAGGCGCACACGUUACUACAGUCUGACGUUGCCGCUGCCGUCAAUGGCAAUCGUCACCAACGACCCGCCGAAGAAUGACUUGUCGCCAAAGAUUCUGACGCCUAGUCGAACCGUUUUCAACAUGUCAGACGGUGGAGGCAGCAGCUUCUAUUCGUACUUACUCGGUGAGUGCUGUUGUUGA